AUGAGAAUCGUCAUAGGAGGUGGAUCUGGUUUUGUGGGGCGUGAGUUAACCCGCAUACUCCGAUCCAAAGGCCAUGAAGUCACUCUGAUCUCCCGCAAUCCGGGCCCUGAUAGGAUAACAUGGGGUGAGUUGGAGUCAUCCGGUCUCCCACCAUGUGAGGGCGCUGUCAAUCUAGCAGGAGAGAAUCUUAUGAACCCACUACGAUGGUGGAAUGAAAGCUAUAAGAAGGAUUUGUAUACAAGUCGCAUUGACAGCACAAAAUCUCUGGCUGAUGCAAUCGCAGCAUCCCCAAAUCCCCCACAUUCGUGGGUCCUGGUGUCAGGAGUAGCUUGCUACAAGCCGAGCCUGACGGCAGAAUACUCGGAGGACAGCGAGUGGAUGCCAUUCGAUUUCCUUUCCAGGCUGGUGAAAGAGUGGGAGACUGCGGCACUACUGCCAGAAAGUUUGACAAAGACCACCAAGCAAGUGGUCAUCAGGCCUGGGGCAGUAUUGGGGCGUGAUGGUGGCGCCAUGAAGCAGAUGCUUCUUCCUUUCUGGCUGGGCCUAGGUGGUACUCUGGGCUCUGGCCGGCAACCCUUCCCAUGGAUCCACGUGUCGGACCUGGCUGGCAUCAUAGCCCAAUCACUGGAGCCACCACCCUCCUCAGACCCGCCCGCCGGCGCGCCACCCUCCACUCCCCUGGUCCUCAAUGGGGUAGCGCCGACCCUCAACACCAACUAUGAAUUCACCAAGGAGUUGGGACGGCUGCUGAGUCGUCCCACCAUCUUCCCUGUGCCCGCCUUCGUCCUCAACACUCUGCUGGGCACAGAGAGAGCUGUUGUACUUGCCCAGGGCCAGAAGGUGGUACCUAAAAGGACUCUGGAAACCGGGUUCCAGUACAAGUACCCAGACUUGACAUCUGCCCUCAAAGAAAUUGUGGGAAGUUAA